AUGGCAAACGACGGAGAGGAUGCUGGUCUUGGCAACAAUCGUGGCAGAGACGAAUCACCAAAAAAAAGGCAGAAGCCGGAAGGAGAUGUGUCUGUUCCAGGCCAUCUAGACAUAGAUCCAACCGAGGCUGGUUUAGCUGCCCUAAACCAGCGUAUUGAAAUUGUUGAAGGCAACUUCGCUUCGCUUGAGUCCACUGCCUUAGAGGAGAUUGGGGACGUCAAGGAAGCCAUAGAUAUGCUGACCGAGGAGCACAGGGACGGUCUAACCAACCUGGAGCUCAAGCUGACCGAGGCUGUUUCAGCGUCGCAGGGAGAGAUCGAGGCUCUCAAGCAACAACUAGAGACAGCUAGACUUGUCGGUGGCGCUGGUCAGGUGCUGGUUCGUGAAACCAAGAUCGAGGGCCCUAAACCCAAAGAGUUUAGGAGCGAAAGAAAUGCUCAAGACGUUGAGAACUUCAUUUGGAAGAUGGAGGACUACUUUGAGCACUUAAACCUUGUUGAUGAGGCUGCCAAGAUCCGGGCAGCAACCAUGCGGCAGUUUUACCCCCAAAACGUCGUCAAUGAGGCUCGUCGAAAGUUGAGGGAGCUCAAACAAACAACUUCCAUUCGUGAGUAUGUGAAGGAAUUCACCAAGCUAAUUUUGCAGAUUCCCAACAUGUCCAGCGAUGACUUGCUAUUCUACUUCAUGGAUGGCCUUCAAAAUUGGGCCAAGCAAGAGUUGCAGCGACGUCAAGUCAAAGACGUCGAUGAAGCCAUAGCCGUUGUUGAGUCCUUAACAGAUUAUAGGACGGAAGCCACAAAAGCCAAAGACACCAGGAACAAGCUUACCAAGCCGGGAGGAGAUCAGGCCUACAAAGGCAAGCAAGUUGCUGCUGCCAACACGGGUCGUGAUUUCAAAAGAGAAGAACACCGUUCUCACUGGCGGGACAGAGGCAAACGGAAGGGGCUUGCACAAGGUGUUGCCCAUGCUGGUGAACCUGCUGCUCCGGAGAAGCGUGAUGUGGCUCAUCUUGGCCACAUGAUGCUUGGAGCUUUGCUGACAAAGGAGCCUGCCUUAAAGCAGGUUAUUCAAGACAAGCCUAACCUUGCUCAAAUGGGUCAGAAUUUACUUGGUGCUGUGAUGGGCAAGGAGCCCAGAUUGAAGGAGAAAGGGUCCCUGUUCGUCGAUGCUAAGCUGAAUGGACAGUCCGUCCGCAUCAUGGUGGACACCGGGGCAACCCACAACUUUGUGACUGGAGCAAAGGCUAAAUCACUUGGCCUUGUGUUUAGUCCUAGCAAUUCUUUGCUGAAGACAGUCAACGCCAAUCUCACCAACGUCAACGGAGUUGCUCGCAAUGUGCAGCUCAACUUAGGUGCCUGGCAGGGGUGCAUUAACUUCUUCGUUGCACCCAUGGACGUAUUUGAUAUUGUUCUUGGUCUGGACUACUGGGAUGAAGUCAUGGGUAUCAUUUCUCCUGGUUUCAACCAGAUUUACAGUUGGGGUCCGAGGGGUCCUUGUGUGGUACCAACUGUUCGUGUGCCGCAAGCCGUGGGUCAAUUGUCCGCGAUGCAGAUUGUGAAGGGCUUCAAGAGAGGAGAAGCCACAUUUUUAGCUGCUGUUUCAGAGAUUGAAGAGGACAAGGUUGAUGAAGCCUUGCUCCCUUGUGUGCAGCAAGUUCUUGAGGAGAACAAGGAUGUUAUGCCCGAAGAACUUCCCAAAUGUUUGACACCACGUAGGGAAGUUGAUUAUCAAAUAGAGCUGAUUUCGGGAGCAAAGCCACCCGCCAUGGGUCCGUAUCGCAUGGCACCUCCAGAAUUGGAGGAAUUGAGGAAGCAACUGAAGGAGCUGCUUGAAGCGAGACAUGUUAGACCGUCAAAGGCACCAUUUGGAGCACCAGUCUUGUUCCAAAAGAAGCAAGAUGGGUCAUUACGAUUGUGCAUAGACUAUCGUGCUCUCAACAAAGUCACGGUGAAGAACAAAUAUCCAAUCCCUUUGACAGCAGAUUUGUUUGAUCGUCUUGGCCAAGCCAAGGUGUUUAGCAAGAUGGAUUUGGGGAAAGGAUACUAUCAAGUUCGCAUAGCCGAAGGAGAUGAACCAAAGACGACUUGUGUAACACGUUAUGGAGCUUUUGAAUGGUUGGUGAUGCCGUUUGUUUUAACAGACGCCCCCGCAACUUUCAGCACGUUGAUGCACAAGUUGUUCCAUCCCGUUUUGGAUCAAUUUGUGGUCAUCUAUCUUGACAUUGUGAUUUAUAGCAGCUGCAUGGAGGAGCAUCUUGAGCACCUCCGUAAAGUUUUCCAAGUUCUAAGGGAAAAUGAUUUGUUCGUGAAGAGGGAAAAGUGUUCUUUUGCCCAGCCUCAAGUGCAAUUUUUGGGGCAUACAAUCAGUCAGGGACAGAUUCGUAUGGAUAGCAAAAAGGUUGCGGUGAUCAGAGAUUGGGAGGCCCCAACGAAGGUAACCGAGUUGCGGUCCUUUCUUGGCCUUGCCAAUUAUUACAGGCGAUUCAUUCUUGGCUAUUCAGCAAUUGCGGCUCCGCUCACAGAUUUGCUGAAGAAGGAUCAUUCUUGGGAGUGGACUGAUUUUUGUCAAGGCGCAUUUGAGUCUCAAAUCAGCAAUUAA